AUGCAACCAUCAUACAUUCAUUCCCUAACCACGUUCUUGUUUGGUGACUCCUUAGUCGAUGCUGGAAACAACGACUAUCUCUUCACUCUUUCGAAGGCUGACACUCCGCCAUAUGGUAUAGACUUCUCGCCUUCUGGCGGCCAGCCUACCGGGAGAUUCACAAAUGGCCGGACUGUUUCUGACAUUAUAGGACAGUCUUUAGGAGACAAAUUUCUUCCACCACCAUAUUUAGCUCCAAACACACAAAUUAAUGCAACUGAUGCUGGAAUAAAUUAUGCCUCGGGAUCAGCUGGAAUAUUGGUUCAAACUGGAUCCUUGUUUGUAGGAAGAAUUCCACUACAGGAGCAAGUGCAAAAUUUUGAGCAAACUAGAGCUCAAAUAGUUGCUAAAAUGGGAGAAAAAGCUACAAAAAAUUUCCUAAGGAAUGCAAUUUUUUCAAUAACAGUAGGGUCUAAUGAUAUCCUCAACUUUAUUCAACCAUCUAUACCAUUUAUUGGGCAAGAUAAGGUUCAACCUGCCAUUUUUCAAGACCAAAUGCUCUCCAACUUGACUAUGCAACUCAAGCGAUUACACAAAUUGGGGGCAAGCAAGUUUAUUGUAGUAGGGAUCGGACCUUUGGGAUGCAUACCAUUUGUUCGGGCUAUGAAGCUAGAUUGGUUCGAGAAGUGCUCGAAUGAGGUGAACGAAUUAAUUCAAGGCUACAACAAAAAAUUAAUCAGAGAGUUAAGUUUGCUAAAUGAAGAAUUGGGACAAGAAGCAGUGUUUGUCUAUGCAAACUCCUAUGACAUCUUUAUGGACAUCAUAUCUAAUUAUCAACACUAUGGGUUCGAAAAUGCGAAGGACCCGUGUUGUGGUGGAUAUUUUCCCCCAUUUUUGUGCUUCAAAGGGAAAAACAUAAACACAAGCUCCGAAUUGUGUGAAGAUAGGUCUAAAUAUGUGUUUUGGGAUGCAUAUCAUCCUACUGAAGCAGCCAACUUAAUCAUGGCCAAGAAAUUGCUUGAUGGUGAUAAAAGAGUCACUUCUCCAGUCAAUCUUCGACAGCUUUAUAAAAAUCAAAAUUAAUUAGGUUAUCUAUACAUAAGUGUGA